AUGGGAGCCACUCCCUUCCAACCCUCAAUCCUCAAGGUCCGGCUUCCGAAGAACUUCGACAAGCCGACGAACAUGAGGUACGACGGGACUAAGGACCCUCAGGAGCACCUCACAGCUUUUGAAGAAAGAAUGAACUUAGAAGGAGUAGGCGAUGCGGUCAGAUGCCGAGCAUUCCCCGUAACGCUAGCCGGCCCAGCGAUCCGAUGGUUCAACGCCCUCCCACAAGGAUCCAUCACAGCUUUUGCAGACAUUUCCCAAAGCUUCCUGGCUUGGUUCACGACGCGCAUAGCCAAGGCAAAACACCCAAUCAACUUACUAGGGGUUACCCAAAAACCCGGGGAGCCGACCAGGAAGUUCCUAGACAGAUUCAAUGAUGAGUGCUUGGAGAUCGACGGCCUUACGAACUCAGUCGCUAGUCUCUGCCUAACGAACGGCCUGCUAAACGAGGACUUUAGGAAGCACCUCACUACUAAGCAUGUCUGUUCCAUGCAAGAAAUUCAAAACGUGGCCAAGGAAUACAUCAAUGAUGAGGAAGUGAGUCAGGUUGUAGCAGCCAACAAACGGCAGCUCCCAAACCCUUCAGCUCGGCAGGCCCCCCAGUUCGACAGAUACAAGGAAGCUCCCAGGGACGGCACCCUAGCCAAGCAACCCCCACGGGUAGGAAGGUUCACAAAUUACACGUCACUUACGAUGCCCAUAGUAGAGGGAUUUGGUCACAAAACCCAAGACUGCUUCGACCUCAAAGAUGCCUUAGAGCAGGCCAUCAGAGAAGGAAAGCUGAGUGAAUUCUCCCGGCUCAUCAGAGAACUGAGGAGACAAGAACGAGAGCGCUCUGAGGAAGAUCGUAGCCGAACUGUCAAGCCAAGGCAAGAAUCCAUAGGGGAUUCCAAUAACCCCCAAACCUUUGUGGUCAACAUCGUGGUCGGGCGCGACAGCCCUCCUAAAUCCAAAUCGGCAGCAAAAAAGGAUACCCGGGUACUUUCCAUCUCGACAGAAGGUCCCGUCGCCAGCAAAAGAUCUCCCACGAUAUCCUUUGGUUUGGAAGAUAAAUGGUUUCACGACCUCCCCGAGAACCCCCCCCCCAUAGUGGUUACUGUGAUGGUCGGGACAGGAUUAGUCAGACGAAUCUUCGUCGACACGGGAGCUGAUUCUAACAUCCUAUUCAGAAACGUGUUCGACGCCAUGGGGCUCAAGGAGUCUGACCUCAAGAAUCACCAGCACGGAGUCAUGGGACUAAGCGAUAACUACAUUAAACCUGACGGGACGAUCUCUCUCCCAAUCUGCCUGGGAACCGGUGACACCAGAAAAUCGGUUAUGGCAGACUUUGUAGUCCUCAGAGACUCCACAGCCUACAAUAUCAUCCUAGGGAGAAAGACCAUCAACAAAUUCUCAGCUAUAAUAUGCACUAAGUUCCUGACAAUGAAGUUCAUAACGGACAAGGGAACAGUUGGCUCCAUAAGGGAAGACCUAGAAACGGCGAUCGCUUGCGACAGCGCCAGUCUCUCCUUAAGGAAAGAAUGUAAGAGGGCAGCUGGCAUGUUCUUGGCAGACCUGGACGUCAUGAUGGAGGAUAAGCCGAAACCAGAACCAGAGGGGGACAUGGAAAAGUUUCAGAUAGGAAAGUCGGCAGAUCAGUUUACCUUUGUAAACAGGAACCUGCCCCAUGAACUCAAGGGCCCCCUCAUGGAGGUUGUAAGGGAAAACGGCGACCUCUUUGCGUGGACACCAUCAGACAUGCCGGGACUGGAUCCCGAGGUCAUGUCCCACCGACUAGCCAUAAAACCUGACGCCAAACCAGUAGCCCAGCGGCGAAGAAAAAUGUCUCAAGAAAGGGCCGAUGAAGUUGCCAAACAAACAGCCAGGUUGCUAGAAGCAAGAUUCAUCAAAGAACUCGAGUAUUUAACAUGA